AGCAGGUAUAACGGGUGUCAAAACUGUCAAACGUGUCUCAACACUAACCUUAACCUCAAAUCGGUAGUUUCAUCUUGGUAGUUUCCAAAAACUUGUGCUAUAACUAAUCCACAAAACAUUUAAAAAAUGCUAGAGCAAUCUCCACCGUGUAGUGAAAUAAUUGAGGACAUUGAGGAUCUGAUAUCAACCCAGGAUAUCGGUCCUAAAGAAAGAUACAGCUCCAGGAAAAAUGUUAAAGUUCAAAUAAAAAAGAAAAAUAUCAACAAUCUCCCAAUUCCUGUACCAAUUGGGGAUAAUAUACCUGGCAUCCAAAAGAUUUAUAUUAAAACAUGGGGCUGUGCACAUAACAGUUCCGAUUCGGAAUACAUGGCUGGACAGCUUGCUGCUUAUGGCUAUGAACUAGUCGAAGAUAAAACUCUAGCAGAUCUUUGGUUGCUCAAUAGCUGUACUGUAAAAAACCCUUCUGAAGACCAUUUUAGGAAUGAAAUUGAAACAGGUAAGAAGCAAGGCAAGCACAUCGUUCUUGCUGGAUGUGUUCCUCAAGGUGCACCGAAGUCAUCAUUUGUACAAGGACUUAGUAUAAUUGGUGUCCAGCAAAUAGAUAGAGUUGUUGAGGUUGUUGAAGAAACUCUUAGAGGCAAUACAGUCAAACUUCUUGGCACAAAGAAGGAAAAUGGCAAGAAAUCUGGUGGUGCUUCCUUAUUACUUCCCAAAGUUAGGAGGAAUCCACUGAUUGAAAUAAUAGCUAUCAAUACUGGCUGCCUCAAUCAGUGCACCUAUUGUAAAACAAAACAUGCCAGAGGUGAUUUGGGCAGCUAUCCUCCUGAAGAGAUUAUAGCAAGAGCCAAACUAGCAUUUGAAGAAGGUGUGGUAGAAAUAUGGCUAACAUCAGAAGACACUGGUACUUAUGGUAGGGACAUAGGGACCUCUUUGCCUGAAUUGUUAUGGAAACUGGUUGAGGUGAUACCUGAAGGCUGUCGACUGAGACUAGGAAUGACAAAUCCUCCAUAUAUUUUAGAACAUUUGGAGGAAAUUGCAAAGAUAAUGUCACAUCCCAGAGUAUACAGGUUUCUCCACGUUCCUGUACAAUCAGGAAGUGAUCAGGUAUUGGCAGAUAUGAAGAGACAAUACUGUAGAAGUGACUUUGAAAACGUCGUGGAUUUUCUCAAAGAAAAAGUGCCUGGUAUAACUAUAGCAACUGACAUCAUCUGUGGAUUUCCCACGGAAACUGAACGAGACUUUGAAGAUACAAUAAACCUAUGCAAUAAAUACAAUUUUCCUAGCCUUUUCAUCAACCAAUUUUUCCCAAGGCCUGGAACACCAGCGUCGCUUCUACCGAAAGUGCCUACACAAGAAGUGAAACAGAGGACAAAGAGACUCACUGAUCUUUUCUAUACCUACCAACCAUAUGAUCAUAAAAUUGGGGAGAUUCAAGAGGUGUUAGCUACUGAAGUGUCACAUGAUAAGAAGCAUUAUGUGACUCACAAUGAGUUCUAUGAACAAGUGUUGAUACCUAUGAGGAAAGAAUUUCUGGGAAAAUUGGUGAAGGUAAAAAUAAACAAGGCUACAAAGUUUUCAAUGAUUGGGGAACCACUGGAUGAAAUCAAAAUGCCUGGAUUGACAAAGCCAUUAGAAAAAGGACAAGUAUCUGGCGUUAAGCUGGAAGGCAAUGUCGAUAAGAAAGUGCUAAUAGCUUUGUUAUUAUUAUUUAUUUCAAUUGUUAUCAAGUUGCUUUGUAAUAAAAAGUAUUUUUAGAGAGUUGUGUCAAAGUUCAUCUCAGGUGUACCAUGUAGCAUUAAUAUAUUCCACC